CAUCCGCAGCCUACGGUCAGCUGGGUUCAUAACGAUAAGCCGGUGCCCUCGAAUGAUCCACGCGUGAAUCAACCUAUCGAGCCAGCCGCCCGUCCAGCUCAGCCUCUACUAGGUGGGCCCUUGGAGGAGUCACCUGGCGGUACUUCCGUUUUCAAGGUGCCAAAGGCAUCGCGCGCCGACUCUGGAACUUACCAGGUCAUCAUUAAAAAUGACCUGGGUCAGGCUACAUCCUCCUGCAAAGUUAUUGUCCAGGAUGUACCCGCAGCUCCAACCGGUCCGCUAGAAGCGAGCGAUGUGAAAGCUGAUGAGAUAACUCUCGAAUGGAAGGCCCCCGAAGAUGACGGCAACGAGCCCAUCACAAAUUACGUUCUGGAGAAACGUCCAAAGGGAGCAACUGAGUGGCAGAAAGUCAGCGCUUUCCUUACAACUCCCUCGGCCACAGUUCGAGGUCUGGAGGAAGGCAAAGAAUACGAAUUCCGUGUGAUGGCCGAAAACGCCAUGGGACUAAGUGAGCCUCUGAUGACCAGCAAGCCUAUUAAGGCCAAGCAUCCAUUUGAUCCCCCGAGUGGCAUGGAUAAACCCAACGUUGACACAACUACUGAGGACUCCGUUUCACUGUCAUGGGAGCCUCCAAGGAAGGGUCCGGUCUCCGGAUACAUAGUCGAAAAGCGACCGAAAGGGGAGAAGACUUGGAGCAAGGCAAAUCCAGGCACAAUAACCGGAAACUCUUACACCGUAAAGGGUCUUCCUACAGGCAAAGAAUUCCAGUUUCGCAUUGUGCCAAUCAAUGCAGCCGGUGAGGGUGAGCCCAGUGAGCCCACGGAUGUCGUGAAGGUGCAGAAGCCCCCGACUGCUCCAAAGAUCUUGGACGUAAAGAAGGACAUCACGGCUAAAGAGGGAGAGCCCUUCAAGAUCGUUGUUCCCUACAUGGGCACACCACCGGAUUCAGUUACCUUGACGAAGGACGGCAAACCGGUGCCAUUGCCGAGUGAUCGUUUCGAUGUUCAGAUAACCCCCGACGAAGUUAUCAUCACCGACAAGAAGGCAGAGAAGGACGACAGCGGACGGUUCGAGGUGGCAUUAGAGAACGAGAAGGGUAAGGAUCAGGUGGCAGUUCAGGUGGAUGUCAAGGGUCCACCUUCCAGUCCUUCUGGCCCUCUCGAAAUCUCCAACGUGACUGCUGAUUCAUGCACCUUGAAAUGGAAUCCACCAAAGGUGAGCAAAUCAGCUAUGUUAGAG